AUGGCGGCGGUGCCCGGCGGUCGCCGCUCCGGGCCUGCAGCGGGCGCCCGCUUCUUCUGCACCGCGGGCCGCGGCCUGGAGCCCUUCCUGAUGCGGGAGGUGCGGUCGCGGCUGGCGGCCACGCAGGUUGAAUAUAUUUCAGGAAAAGUUUUUUUCACCACCUGUUCUGACUUGACUAUGCUGAAAAAAUUAAAAUCUGCAGAAAGGUUAUUUUUGCUGAUUAAAAAGCAGCUUCCGUUGAAUGUUUCUUCUGUAAGUAAAGGAAAAAUAUUUAAUGAAAUGCAGAGACUUACGAAUGAUGAACCUGAAAGUUGGUUGAAUGCCAUUUCAAUUUGGAAAAAUCUUCUUGAACUUGAUGCAAAAAAGGUAAAACUUUCUCAAAAAAAUGCUAACUCACUAAAAAGAAAAGUGGGAGAAAAUGACAUCAUUGCUAAGAAAUUGAAAACAGAACAAAUGCAAGAGAUACAAGAGAAUAAGGAAUGCCGACUGGAAGAACAAAUAGAAGAAGAAACACUGGAGCAAGGAAAUUUUACCACUAAAAGAGACAAAUCUCAAGAAGAACUUCAGAACGAUGUAGCAGAAGCAGUUGAUACUCAUAACCAGAACGACUUAACUUUCAGAGUUUCCUGUCGCUGCAGUGGAGCAAUUGCAAAGACCUUUACUGCACAGGAGGUAGGAAGAGUAAUUGGAAUUGCUCUCAUGAAACAGUUUGGAUGGAAAGCAGAUUUGAGGAAUCCAAAUUUAGAGAUCUUUAUACAUCUAAGUGACAUUUACUCUGUGGUGGGAAUUCCUGUGUUCAGGGUUCCUUUAGCCAGCAGAGCUUACAUCAAGACAGCAGGACUGAGAUCUACCAUAGCGUGGGCAAUGGCCUCUCUCGCAGAAAUUAAGGCUGGUGCAGUUGUUUUAGAUCCAAUGUGUGGACUUGGAACAAUACUUUUGGAAGCUGCUAAAGAAUGGCCAGAUGUGUAUUACGUGGGUGCUGAUGUCAGUGACUCACAGUUGCUAGGUGCAUGUGACAAUCUGAAAGCUGCAGGCCUUAAGGAUAAAAUUGAGUUACUUAAAGUCUCUGUGAUAGAAUUGCCAUUGCCUUCAGAAAGUGUCGAUAUUAUUAUUUCCGAUAUUCCAUUUGGGAAAAAGUUUAAGUUAGGAAAAGACAUCAAACACAUUAUACAAGAAAUGGAAAGGCACGUUGCUGAACCACCCUGGGCCUCACCUUGAAAUAAUAGUACCUGCUUCACAGCAUCGUCCUGAGGAGUCAGCGGAUUUAGAGCUCUUAGAGGGCUUCCCUGGUGGCGCAGUGGUUAGGAAUCCGCCUGCCAAUGCAGGGGACACGGGUUCAUGCCCUGGUCCGGGAAGAUCCCACAUGCCGCGGAGCGACUAGGCCCGUGAGCCACAACUACUGAGCCUGCGCGUCUGGAGCCUGUGCUCCGCAACAAGAGAGGCCGCGAUAGUGAGAGGCCCACGCACCGCGAUGAAGAGUGGCCCCCGCUCGCCGCAACUGGAAAAGGCCGUUGCACAGAAACGAAGACCCAACACAUCCAAAAAUAAAUAAAUAAAUAAAUUUAUUUUUUUAAAAAAAAAGCUCUUAGAACAGUGCUAGGCACCUAGAAGUGCUAACUGUUAGCUCUUAUUUAGUGUAAACCACUUCCAAUGCUUUGGGAAAGCAGAUGGGGAUAUAUAUAAAUAUAUAUAAGUACACAUACCUUUUUUUCCCAGUGGUUUACCAAUAGUUUAAGACUCUAGAUAGAAAAUGGAAGGGAAGGGAGGGGAAUUGUGUUAGUAAAAAUAAGAAAAAAUACAAGAGGUCAGUAAACCUGUUUACAAUAGGCAAUGGAAAUAGUUGGCUCUGAACGUAAAACAGCACUGGAUUCUUCAAGAAAGAACAUGCAAUCAGAAUUUUAAAUUCCCAGACAGAUAAUUGCUCUGGUCAAUUAUUUCCUCCUUCAAUUUAUUUCAGCAAUAACAAUUUCAUGUAUGCAAAGCGCUUCAGAGAAGUAUAAUAUUUGUGCUUUCCUCUCAAAUAUAACCAUGUAAAACAGAUGAGCAAAAUUAGAAAUUAAACUUGCUAAUAAGCUUGAAGGAAGAAGUCACUACAUCCCCAAAAGACUUGAGGUGGAUUCAUGGCAGAACAUGAUUUCAAUGAAAUUUAGAAAUUUGCAAAGAAUAAAAAAGGAGACGGCACCAUGUUUUAUACAUACAGGUAGUCAACAAGUAUUUCUUGAGUAAAUAGUGAAGCAAAAAGCGUGUUCAAAAAACAGUGAGUAGGACUUCCCUGGCGGCGCAGCGGUUGAGAAUCUCCCUGCCAAUGCAGGGGACACAGGUUUGAGCCCUGGUCCAGGAAGAUCCCACCUGCCACGGAGCAACUAAGCCUGUGCACCACAACUACUGAGCCUGCGCUCUAGAUCCCACCACAACUACUGAAGCCCGCACACCUAGAGCCCGUGAUCUGCAACAAGAGAAGCCACCACAAUGAGAAGCCCGCACACCGCCACGAAGAGUAGCCCCCGCUUGCCGCAAUUAGAGAAAGCCCGCACGCAGCAACAAAGACCCAACACAGCCAAAAAAUAAAUUAAUUAAUGUUUUAAAAAAAAAAACCUCAUUUAAAAAAAAAAGUGAAUAUACCAGACUGCUUGGAACAGAGACUAGUGGUAGAAGGUUAAGGCCUAAUGCCUUCCAAAUUCAAAUAAUUUGGGUAUUUGUAUCACCUACCCCUAGUCUUGCAGGUUCACAUGCAAAAGAGAAAUCUCUUUUGUGUUGUUUGAUACAGAGUUUCCUCCAACUUACUGACCACAUAAUUCUUGUUGGUUUUUUUUUUUUUAGCAAGAAAGAAUCUCUCAUACUAGACUA